AGAGGCUGGGGAGGGGUGGGUGGUGGUGAGAGGAGAGAGGGGAGAGGACUGGAGCAUCAGAGGGUGAAGGAGAAGGGUUAAGGGAGAGAGGAGGGGGAGAGAGAGAGGGAGCGAGGCGGAGAGACUGACGAUUCGCUGCGAACCCCCACCCCGGAGAGACGAGCUGGUGGGAAUCCAAACUGGACUCGGGCACAGGGACGCGGCCGCCCGGACCCUCCGCUCUGCAUGAUGCUUCUCCGGCUCUUCUGCAUCCUGCUGGUCUGGGUGUCGGGAGCCCGGGGCUGGGGCUAUUAUGGCUGCGACGAAGAGCUGGUGGGGCCCCUCUACUACCGCUCCCUGGGCGCCUCCUCCUAUUACGGGUUCUUCACUGCACCCCGCUUUGCCCGGCUGCACGGCAUCAGUGGCUGGUCUCCCAGGAUUGGGGACCCAAACCCCUGGCUCCAAAUCGACUUAAUGAAGAAGCACCGCAUCCGUGCCGUGGCCACACAGGGCUCCUUUAACUCCUGGGACUGGGUCACCCGUUACAUGCUGCUCUAUGGCGACCGGGUGGACAGCUGGACACCUUUCUACCAGCAAGGGCACAACUCGACCUUCUUUGGGAAUAUGAACGAGUCUGCCGUGGUGCGCCAUGACCUACACUAUCACUUCACCGCACGAUACAUCCGCAUCGUCCCCCUGGCCUGGAACCCGCGUGGCAAGAUCGGUCUCCGGCUGGGCCUCUACGGCUGCCCCUACAAGUCCGACGUGCUCUACUUCGACGGCGACGAUGCCAUCUCCUACCGCUUCCCGCGCGGGUACAGCCGGAGCCUGUGGGACGUGGUCGCCUUCAGCUUCAAAACCGAGGAGAAAGACGGACUUCUGCUGCACUCCGAGGGCGCCCAGGGCGACUACGUAACCCUUGAGCUCCAGGACGCACACUUGCUGCUGCACAUGAGCCUGGGCAGUAGCCCCAUCCAGCCACGGCCGGGCCACACCACAGUGAGCGCUGGGGGCGUCCUCAAUGACCUACACUGGCAUUAUGUCCGGGUGGACCGCUUUGGGCGAGACGCGAAUUUCACCUUGGAUGGCUACGUGCAGCGCUUCAUACUCAACGGCGACUUUGAGAGGCUGAACCUGGACAAUGAGAUGUUCAUCGGGGGUUUAGUGGGCGCCGCCCGAAAGAACUUGGCCUAUCGGCACAACUUCCGUGGCUGCAUAGAAAAUGUCAUCUUCAACCGGGUGAACAUCGCUGACCUGGCUGUCAGGCGCCACUCACGGAUAGCAUUCGAGGGUAAGGUGGCAUUCCGUUGCCUGGACCCCGUCCCUCACCCCGUCAACUUCGGAGGGCCCCACAACUUUCUAUAUGUGCCUGGCUUCCCACGCCGGGGCCGCCUGGCUGUGUCCUUUCGCUUCCGCACUUGGGACCUCACGGGGCUGCUCGUCUUCUCCAGCCUGGGUGAGGGGCUGGGACAUGUGGAGCUGAUGCUCAGCGAAGGUCAGGUCAACGUGUCCAUCGCCCAGGCUGGCCGCAAGAAGCUGCAGUUCGCUGCUGGGUUCCGCCUGAAUGAUGGCUUCUGGCAUGAAGUGAACUUUGCUGCCCAGGAUAACCAUGCAGUCAUCAGCAUUGACGACAUCGAGGGGUCAGAGGUCAGGGUCUCAUACCCACUGCUGAUCCGAACUGGGACCUCAUACUUCUUUGGGGGUUGUCCCAAGCCAGCCAGUCGAUGGGGCUGCCACUCCAACCAGACAGCAUUCCACGGCUGUAUGGAGCUGUUCAAGGUGGAUGGUCAACUGGUCAACCUGACGCUGGUGGAGUUUCGGAAACUCGGAUCCUUUGCUGAGAUCCUCUUUGACACAUGCGGCAUCACUGACAGGUGCAACCCUAACAUGUGUGAGCACGAUGGGCGCUGCUACCAGUCUUGGGAUGAUUUUAUCUGCUACUGUGAGCUCACAGGCUACAAGGGGGAAACCUGCCACCAUCCAUUGUAUAAGGAGUCUUGCGAAGCGUAUCGCCUCAGUGGAAAAUAUUCUGGAAACUACACCAUUGAUCCUGAUGGCAGUGGCCCCCUAAAGCCAUUUAUGGUCUACUGUGACAUCCGAGAGAACCGGGCCUGGACAGUGGUGCGGCAUGACAGGCUGUGGACCACGCGCGUAACGGGCUCUAGCAUGGAGCGGCCCUUCCUGGGGGCUGUCCAGUACUGGAACGCUUCCUGGGAAGAAGUUGGUGCUCUGGCCAAUGCUUCCCAGCACUGUGAGCAGUGGAUCGAAUUCUCCUGCUACAAUUCCCGGCUGCUCAACACUGCAGGAGGUUACCCCUACAGCUUCUGGAUGGGCCGAAACGAGGAGCAGCACUUCUACUGGGGAGGCUCACAGCCGGGCAUUCAGCGCUGUGCCUGUGGGCUGGAUCGCAGCUGCGUGGACCCUGCCCUACACUGUAACUGUGACGCGGACCAGCCGCAGUGGAGAACAGACAAGGGCCUGCUGACCUUUGUGGACCAUUUGCCUGUCACCCAAGUGGUGAUUGGGGACACCAACCGUUCCAGCUCCGAAGCCCAGUUCUUCCUGAGACCUCUGCGCUGCUACGGUGACCGCAAUUCCUGGAACACCAUCUCCUUCCACACUGGGGCUGCGCUCCGCUUUCCCCCGAUCCGGGCCAACCACAGCCUCGAUGUCUCCUUCUACUUCAGGACCUCAGCUCCCUCUGGAGUCUUCCUGGAGAACAUGGGGGGCCGAUUCUGGGAGUUUCGGCGGCCUUACUUACGGGUGGAACUCAACACCUCCCGGGAUGUGGUCUUUGCCUUUAAUGUGGGCAACGGAGAUGAGAACCUUACACUGCACUCAGAUGAUCUUGAAUUCAAUGACGACGAGUGGCACCUGGUGCGGGCAGAGAUCAAUGUCAAGCAGGUCCGGCUUCGUGUGGACCAUCGGCCCUGGGUGCUGCGGCUUAUGCCCCUGCAGACCUACAUCUGGCUGGAGUACGACCAGCCCCUCUACGUCGGAUCUGCAGAGCUUAAGAGACGGCCCUUUGUGGGGUGCUUGAGGGCCAUGCGUCUGAAUGGGGUGACUCUGAACCUGGAGGGCCGUGCCAAUGCCUCAGAGGGCACCUUCCCCAACUGCACGGGCCCUUGUGCCCACCCCCGCUUCCCCUGUUUCCAUGGAGGCCGCUGCGUGGAGCGCUACAGCUACUACACUUGUGACUGUGACCUCACGGCAUUUGACGGGCCUUACUGUAACCAUGACAUCGGCGGGUUCUUCGAACCGGGUACCUGGAUGCGCUAUAACCUGCAGUCAGCUCUGCGUUCUGCCGCCCGCGAGUUCUCCCACAUGCUGAGCCGCCCCGUGCCAGGCUAUGAACCGGGAUAUGUCCCUGGCUACGACACCCCUGGCUAUGUGCCGGGCUACCACGGCCCCGGUUACCGCCUGCCUGACUAUCCACGGCCUGGCCGGCCAGUGCCAGGUUACCGCGGACCUGUCUACAAUGUCACAGGAGAGGAGGUGUCCUUCAGCUUCAGCACCAGCUCAGCCCCUGCUGUCUUGCUCUAUGUCAGCUCCUUUGUACGUGACUACAUGGCUGUGCUCAUCAAGGAGGACGGGACUCUGCAGCUGCGCUACCAGCUGGGCACCAGUCCCUACGUGUACCAGCUCACCACGCGACCAGUGACUGAUGGCCAGCCACACAGCGUCAACAUCACAAGGGUCUAUCGCCAGCUCUUCAUCCAGGUGGACUACUUCCCACUGACCCAACAGAAAUUUUCUUUGCUGGUGGACAGCCAGCUGGAUUCACCCAAGGCUUUGUAUCUCGGACGUGUGAUGGAGACUGGCAUCAUUGACCCAGAGAUCCAGCGCUACAACACACCAGGCUUUUCGGGCUGCCUGUCCGGGGUGCGCUUCAACAACGUGGCUCCCCUCAAAACCCACUUCCGAACCCCACGCCCCAUGACCGCUGAGUUGGCUGAGGCCCUCCGCGUGCAGGGAGACCUGUCAGAAUCCAACUGUGGUGCCAUGCCACGUCUGUUCUCAGAGGUGCCGCCUGAACUGGACCCCUGGUAUCUGCCCCCAGACUUCCCAUAUUACCAUGAUGAUGGAUGGGUCGCGAUACUUUUAGGCUUUUUGGUGGCCUUCUUGCUGCUGGGGCUGGUGGGAAUGUUGGUGCUCUUCUAUCUGCAAAAUCAUCGCUACAAGGGCUCUUACCACACCAAUGAGCCCAAGGCCGCCCACGAUUACCCACCUGGUGGCAAACCUCCCCCUGCGACUUCAGGCCCAGCCCAGGCCCCUGCUCCUACACCAGCUCCCUCACAAGUUCCUACCCCAGCCCCGACCCCAGCCCCAACUCCAGCCCCAGCCCCAGCCCCGACCCCAACCCCAGCCCCAGGUCCUCGGGAACAAAACCUUCCUCAGAUCCUGGAGGAAUCCAGGUCUGAAUGAACCAGGGGAAGGACUCAGGGAAUUAGUCCGUCCCCUUUGACUCCCCCAAUUCCUGCCCCUCUGCCACCCAUGCAGGGACAUCAGGCUCUGCUCAUCCAGAGGAGAACCCUCCUGCCAGGUCUGAUGGGUAGAGCUGAGCCACACUGCCUAAACCAUGGUCCCGCCUGUCCCCAUUCCACCAGAUCCUGGCUGUUUGUCUGUCCCCAAAGAGAAAACAGAGAUGGCCCUCCUUGCCAUCUCCAUCCUCUCGGCUGCCUGGGUCCUGGAAGAGCAGAGAUGAGCUGCCCCCUGCAAACAUUAAAUCUCAGCAGGGCCAGAUGUGAGGGGUUGUGGGGGUGCGCAGGGGUACGGGGGGAGGAGGCUGCUAAAUCACACCCCCUAGCCUCCCCCCUGCCCCGCAGAAUCUCCUCCAUCUGCUCCCACUCAGCUGGGUGUGGGGGGUGCUCCUCUGUUCUUCCCUCCUACCCGUUUCCUUUUUUUUUUUUUUACAGAGACCAAGAGGCCUCAGUUUAGCACUUUAGUACCUCCUCUGCUUCACAUGCUUUUGCCAAAGCCAUAAAAACAAAAACCACCUUGCAAUGUAGAGAGAAAAGAUGCAGACGCCCUCACCUGCUUGCCCUCUACUCUCCUCCCUCUUCCAAGAUAUGCAAUAGCCUCGGUGCCUGUCUGCAGGCUCGACCCCUCCAAAUGCAUGAGGAGCUUCUUCCCCUCCGCUCAGACGCUGCUGCACUAGCCCAGGAGGUCACAUUCUUUAUAUAUUUGUUGUUGUCGUCACUGCAAAGCCCUUCCCUAGAGAAAACACUCUAUAUUAACUCUAAUUUUUUAAUUAUCAGUUUAUAUAUAAAAGAAAAGAAAAAAGAUCCGUGAUUGUCCUGUGCUGUGCUGUGCCGUGCCCACCGUCCAGUUUGCUUCUCUUGUGUCGGGAAGGUCUGUGGCCCCCACCCGGCCUGGCCCAGUCUCCACUCUGAAGCUGUGCUCAGACUCGGAGCUGUUCCAAUAAAACCGAGAGGCAGA